AUGACAUCAAGCAUCAAAGCCAAGAACGCCUCCAUGUCCAACUCUACUCUGGGGUCCACCUUCUCCAAUGCAUCAUUGGAUCUGGAAUUUUUAGAAUCUAGCAUUUGGCUUUUUAUACCUCAAAUACCUCAAGAUGACCAAGAGGCGGAUGCUCUGGCGAAGUUUCGUAGCGCUUGUUUAGGGGAAGAACUACAACCUUCAAUUGCCAGGUUACCGGAUACUCUUCAGAUCUACGUGCCCGAAGCCGAAGAUUUGAUUGAUACAGUCAGUAAGAUGAUGAAAUUUCCAUGUAUCAUCAACUCCGGGGAAGAAUUCAGUAGUCGCAUCAGGACAUACCUUGCCGAAGCUGGAAUUGAUACGUCCGAAGGUGAUCCACAAGGCAGGGACUUAAUUUUAUCUAUAACGGGAACUGGAGAUAAUUGUUUUUCUCUUCACUUAUGCAAAGGGGAACAAAUCUUACUGCAAUAUCAACGUCUUAUGAAAGGGGGUCAAAAAGAACUUCAGGACUUGUCAGCUAGGAUAAGUGUAACUCAUAUAUUUGAUCAAACAGCUGCAAAAGAGGUCACUUCCACUCAGAAUCCAGAAUCAACUGCAAAACCUUCUCAUCCAUCAGAGGAUACUCAGUUGAUUUCAAAACAAAAGCAACCUCCUUUGGAAAUUGUCCAAGAUCAUAUGUAUGUACCGGAAGCAGGCCAAACACAGAUAUUGUCACCCGAAUCAAGAUUACAAAUUUCAUCAAUUGAUUUAAAACAUUCUCCACAAGAAGACAAGGUGUGUCUUCAACGGGAAGGAGUACUUGAGAAGACUAAAUUGAGUUCGGUGAAAAUGUUGUAUGGAAUACCUGAUUCCUGGUAUGAAGAAGCAGAACCUAUCCCUCUUGAUCUCAAUCUCCAAAUUGAUGAAACGUCAAGCAGCGUGUCACUCAACGAUGCAGCAGGAUCAUUGGUUGAAGAAACUUCAGGGACAGUCUCUUCACCACCUACUGAAGAAACUGUUGAUGAAGAAACAGAUGAUAAAGAAGGAAAUGGAUAUGAGGAAGAAGCGCAAAGAAAACUACCGGGUGAUGUGGGGGAACAAAAUAGGGGUGGUAGGAGAGCAGAAAAGAGUGGAAAAGAUACAAUUCUUUCGGUUCCAAUAUUGACGAUAUCCCGUGAGCUCAAUGAUCAAUAUCUGGGCGUACCUUCGAGACUUCCAGCGGAUGAUCCUCGCUUGAUCCCUUCUCUCCAACGGCGUUGA